AUGGUUCGGGCCGUUGAGGCGACCAACUCUCCCUCAACCUCAGCCGAGGACGUCCACUUCUACUCUUCAUCAGGAGGCAAUGCUGGUCUGGCUUGUGCAACGGCUGCCGCGACCCUCGGCCGGCCGGCCACUGUCAUCGUGCCCAUGAUCACCUCACAGCUCAUGAUCGGCAAGCUCCGCGAGCUGGGCGCCGACGUGGUGCAGAUUGGCGAGAACUGGGCAGCUGCCGACCGCCACCUCCGCGAGGUCGCCAUUCCAGAUUUUGAGAGAGCCCACCCGGGCUCGAGGGCUGUAUACGUGCCUCCAUUCGACCACCAGGACGUCUGGGACGGCAAUGCAACCCUGGUCGACGAGCUGAAGUCGCAAAUGUCCGAGUCCUUCGACGAGCAGAUAGAUGCUAUCAUCUGCAACGUCGGAGGCGGCGGCCUGAUGUGUGGUAUAAUGCAAGGGGUGCAGAAUCUCAAGGACUCUGGCUAUGGCAGCCCCAAAGUCUUGGCCAUCGAGACGGAAGGUGGUGACAGCCUCAACGCCAGCGUCGAGGCAGGAGAGCUGGUGACACUCCCUGGUAUCACUACCAUUGCAACGUCCCUUGGGGCCACAAGAGUCGCGGAGCAGGCAUUUGCUUGGGUGGAGCGGGCAGGAGGGGACUUGAUCAGCGCAGUUGUUUCGGACAAGGCAGCCGUAGAUGCCAUGGUCAGAUUCCUCGACCACGCGAGGAUACUGGUGGAAAGUGCGUGCGGCGCAACGAUUGCUACUGUGUACAAUGGGGACCUCAGGAAGUACCUGGGCGAUGGCCUUUCGGACCAAGGAUGGGCGCAGAAGAACGUCGUCGUCGUUGUAUGCGGCGGCUCGAACAUCAAUCUCGAAAUGCUGGAGAAGUACAGGAAGACGUUCGGCAUGGUAUAUCUCAACACAUUUGUCAAGCGCUUCACCGGCGGCCCGCGCUGGUCGUCUCUCUGCAACGUGGCAGCAGCUCGAACAGCAGUCAUGACCCCACGGUCUCCCAGGAAAUUUGCCAGUGAGAAGGACUCCGAGAAAGACGACGUCCCUCGUACGGCAACCGGCGAGGUCCAGAAGCAAACCAACUUUGCAUCGGAGGUUGGCAAGAAGAUGCAGGAGGUGGCUCCAGGUGGUGACCCGGCGGGUUCCGCGAGCAGUGGAAAGGGCGAGCAGUCGAAGCAAGAACGAGAUAAGUGA